GUGGGGGCAGUGAGGGCAUCCUGUCUGUAAAUAAAACAAAUGAAACCAGGACAGUGUGCAGUAUUAGAGGUGCAGAAGAGGAGGAGGAAAGACCUCAAGAGAGCAGUGAUAGUAGUGUGAAGUUGGUGCAGGAGGCAGUGGGAGGGACUGCUGGUAUUCUGCAUAGGGUUGAAUAUGGGAAGUAUAUAAUCUGCCUCCUUGACACCAUGGACACGAUGCUUAUCAUGGUAAAUGAAAACUCGCCCAGUGAAACUAGUUCUGGCAAAGAAACAGAAGCAACUACACGAAAGACUUCCAAAAAAGAGAAGAAAAAAGCCCAAGGAAGAGAACAGAGUACAAGAACUCAUACUGGCAGCAACAUGGAAGCAAACACACAAGUAGAACAAACUGUCAGCAAAAUUACUAACAUAGAGAAAAGAAAAAAGGUAGACCAAACAGCUAAAAAAACUAACAACAAAGAAAAAGAUAAAAAAGCCAUAGAAAAACAGCAGACAGUGGAUAAGAAAGCAAGGAGUAGCACAAGAACUGAAUCCUCACGCCAUCAUAAGGCGAUGCAACAGUCUGAGUCAACUGUUGAACAUCCUACAGUGAAAAAGAGGGGACAGAAUAACAGCCGAAAAAGGGAGCACAUCUCAAACGCAGUCAAGUCACCGAAGAGACAAAGGAAUGAGUCAAGCGUGCCCGCCAAGGCUUCUGUUGCAACACACCUGGCCAUAGAUGCCAUGUUGUCACCUGGGCAGAAUAGCGGCAUUGUUCCCAGCAGUGAAGGCAAUGUGCUGAAGAGAUUACAUGUUGAUCCAGAUGCAGGAACAGAUAAAGUUACAGGUCAGUUUAUGCGGCAUGAACCUCCGAACACUGGUGAAUCACCAAAUCAGCCAAAAAAAGCAUGUGACCUAGAAGUCUUUGACAGAAGUCUUUCUUCCGAUGGGUCAGAGUCAGAGUCACAGUAUGAAGAUGGAUCGCUUACUGAUAGUGAUGAAGAUGACAUGAUUUCAGAAUUUAGUGCAACCCAGAAAAAGAAGAGCUUCCUCCAUCAGACACGAGAAAGGCUGAAAAGAAGGAAUUACAGACCAGAGCACAGAGAGUCAGUGAGCAAAAUUAUAUUUGAUCGUGACGAUGACAUCCUUAUUAUGGAACCGCCCAAGCCUGUGCCCAUGUCAGAAAACAAGAAAGACAACACAAAUUCUGAAAACAGCCAGAGCACAAAGGGGGUGCAGGGCAGACCCUUCAUGGUAUCACCAUAUGUUUCCCUGAAGACCCAAAGAGCCAAUAGGAGAGCUGCAGGUGGACACCAGCAAAGCCUGACCACUAGCAGUUCCUUCAUCCAAAGCCUCAUCAAGAACUCCAUCAUGAAGAAUGUUCCAGAGAUGAUGACUUCGGCCUCAACCAGGGUACCAGUGGACGGUCAAACGGAGGAGGAACCUGACCCUGAGGACAUGUGGGAUCUCCUGCCAGCCCUCCCCCAGCAGUCCUCCAGCUCCCUUGCUGCAAGGGCUGCCAAGACCGGCCUGCAAGAAUCUGGCAUAACGGAGACUGCAGCCACGGCUCCAGAGAGGCCAACAACUGUCACCAGCAUUAGUGGUGCAGUCGUCACAUCAAAGGCCUCCAAGGUAAUGAGGAGCUUUUGGAUAGAAAGUGAAGAAGAGGAAGAGGAUAAAGACACAGAGGACACAGAGUCACUCUUCAUGCCCACACUCCCCGUGGCCUCACAGCUGAUCCAAGAGAGCACCGUGCUUCCCAGCUGCAGCCCUUGGCCCUGA